AUUCAAAAUCCACCAAUGAGAAUCGCCUGCAACGAUUGGAGCAGCCUGUCACGCGUGUUGGCAACGCGCGUUGCUGCACAUCCUUCUCGCCUCGCGGCGCUCGCGCCACACUUCGCGAGUUGCGCGUACAGUCGCAAGGCCUCGGAGCACAUCGGUAUUUUUGGCGCCAACGAGACGAGGGACAACACAUAUUCACGAUCCGCGAGAAAUAACGGCAGAAUGCCACGGAAAACCAGGAAACGGACGGCCGAGGACCCCACGCGGGCGGACAAGGCGCCGAAGCAGAUCAAGAAGAAGCCGCAAGGUAGUCGAUCCGUAUUAACUGUAAAAACCGAUCUGCGAUCACUUUCAAUCGGUGGUGUUAUGCUCGUAUUUGGACAAGGUGACUUUGGGCAGCUUGGCCUAGGCGAAGACAUUACUGAAAAAACAUAUCCAGGAGCCAUAUCUGAUUACCAGGACAUUGUAGCCAUAGCAGCUGGUGCUAUGCAUAAUGUAUGUUUAAGACAGACAGGAGAGGUAUUAACUUUCGGAUGCAAUGAUGAAGGGGCACUUGGACGAGACACUAGUAAAGAGGGGUCGGAAACAGUACCGGACAUAGUUGAGUUGCCUGGUAAAGCCAUUCAGGUGACAGCAGGAGAUUCGCACACUGCUGCAUUGCUAGAGGAUGGCCGUGUAUUUGCUUGGGGUUCAUUUAGGGAUACACACGGUUCUAUGGGACUGACGUUGAAAGGAAUUGAGCGACUCCCUGUAGAAAUGUUACCCGAAGUAAAAGUCAUCAAAAUAGCAUCGGGUAAUGAUCAUUUAGUAUUUCUUAGUGAAAAUGGACGUGUAUAUACCUGUGGACGCGGUGAACAAGGACAACUAGGGCGGGUAGCUGCCCGUACAGCCAGUAGAGAUUCACGACAAGGAAUAGGUCUGCUACUGACUCCAGGCAUAGUUGAAUUUAAAAUCAGACAGAAGUUAUACUUUAAUGAUGUAUGGGCAGGACAUUUCUGUACUUUUGCCAAGGAACACAAGAAAGGGGAUAUAUAUGUAUUUGGACUAAAUAAUUUUCAUCAAAUUGGUUUAAAGGAUAACGAAAUUCAUUUUCAUCCACAAGUGUCAAAAACCUUUAAUGGUAAAGUGUGGAAACAUAUCAGCAGUGGGGAACAUCAUACCAUAGCUCUGGAUGAUGCUGGACAAGUUUUUGUGAUGGGUCGCAAGGAAUACGGUCGCCUUGGACUCGGACCUAAUUGCUCGGACGCUAAAGAACUUACAUUAGUUCCUACUUUAAGUUCUACUAAAUGUAUUGACGUAGGCGCGGGUAGCAGAGAAUCUUUUGCAGUCACAGAAUCUGGCGAUUUAUAUUCGUGGGGUAAUGGAACCAAUGGAAGUCUUGGAACGGGAGAUACGGAAGAUGUCGAGGAACCAAUGUUAGUUAAGGGAAAGCAGUUGGAGGGUAAAGCAGUAGUACGAGUCAGCGGUGGCGGUCAGCAUACUCUAGCUUUGGCAACUAUUCGUCCGGUGAAAGAGAAAACUGUUGGUUAAUAUCAAAUCUUAUAUUUCAAGACAUUGUGUAUGUGAUAUGAAUUUAGACAGGAACGAGACCAUUUGAUUUUUACUACUUUAUUUCCGAACAUCUAUGAGGUUAUCUUGCCGAACAGAAAUGUAAAAAACCUUCCAUUAAGUCUUCGAUUUUGUUUAGAAUUAAAUAACAUUUAAAUCUGUACAUACUCUGUCACAUCGCCACAAAUUCAUCAUGCUUACAAUAAUUAAUAUAUUGUGUUUUUUGUUGUAUUGUUAGCAUUACUGAUUAUUAUAUGUGUAUUGUCAAAACAGACUUUCUACUUACAGAUUUGUGUCUAAAAGUAUACGCGAAAAGGGAUACUUUAAACAGACAUAUAUAAAAUUAUAUUUUGAACAAACAAUAAAAGUUGUUAAAUGUAAAGUAAGUGUGAUAGUACACUAGCCAAAUUUUUAUGCCAUUUAUACUUAAUAAAAAUUUAGGUAAUGUAUUACGCAUUAUUAUUUGCAAUUGAAAUCGUAUGUUGUAUAAAAUCAUGAAGAAUAAACUGUUUGUAAAUGUA